AUAGAACACAGUAAGCAUCAGGGUUGAACAACAUACUUCAAACAUCAGAUCAGACCACAAGAAUCAUUACUGAUUCCAUCACUUUCCAUCAGGGUGUAUGAUCGUCCACCGCCAUUCCGCUGAUUUGUCAUCUCAGCUUCACGUUUAGGAAUCAACCCCUCUUCACUCUCCGCCUUUAUCCGUUCUAUACAAUAUUUAACCCAAGGACUGUCCUCUUCUUGAUUGAUUCAUCCAGAUCCAAAUCCAAUCCAAACUCUACCUUUACAUCACAACCCAGAUACAAACCUCACAACAACCGUCAAAAUGUCCUUCGGAACCAUCUACACCUACCCUAACAACCCCCGGGUCAUGAAGACCCAAGCGGCCGCCAACUUCAACAACCUCACCCUGACCGUCGCGGACUUCAAAAUGGGCGAAACCAACCGCGACCCUGUCUUCCUCAGCAAAUUCCCCUUGGGCAAGGUCCCCGCCUUCGAAGGCGCCGACGGCACUUGCCUCGCCGAAUCCGACGCCAUCACACAAUAUGUGGCCGAGAGCGGUCCCGCGGCAGGUCAAUUGGUCGGCAGCACUCCCGCUGAACGUGCUCUGAUCCGUCAAUGGAUCUGCUUCGCGGACGGGGAGGUGCUGGGCGCGGUGACUUCGAUGGUGCUGUGGCGGAUCGGGUACAAGGCGUACGAUGAGGCGACAGAGAAGAGUGGACUGGAGAAAUUGACUCGCGCGCUGGGGGCCUUGGAGAACAGGCUUAAGGAGAGGACGUGGGUGGCAACAGAGAAGUUGAGCUUGGCGGAUAUUAGUGUUGCCGCGGCGCUGUAUUGGGGGUUCUCGAUGGCCAUUGAUGCGGAGAUGAGGAAGGAGUAUCCUGGUGUGGUGGCUUGGUAUGAGCGCGUUAUUGAGAGUGAGCAUGUCAAGGAGGCAUUUGGUCCUAAGGUCUUCGUGGAGAAGAGGAAGGAGCCUGAGAACUAAGGGAAGGAAUGGAUUGGGGCAGGUCCGCAAUCAUGACUUAUGAUUUGACUUAAUUAGGAAAAAGCAAUGCAAGUUGACUGUGAUCAAAUGAA